GGUAUAUAGCAGAAUGCGAGGGGCACUUUCGGGAAUAGCAGGGCUUUAGUCAGCCGCUGAGCGGUGAUGCACCGCCAAAUAAAAGCAACUCGAACUGCAGCGGCCAGACAAAUCUCCACCGGCGGCGAAUCACUUUCUUCCUCAUCCUCUCCUUUUGAGCGAAUAGCGAAAUGAAAAUUGCCUGAAUUUUGGAUUCCAGUCGCAAGCCAAGAUAGAUCAGUGAAUUGAGUUGUUGAAGACUUGACUGCGAUUGACUGCGACGGUGGUUACUUUGAGUUAAUAUUGGCUGUCAAAUGUCAAUCCUUUUUGUUAAAAUAGAGACUUGAGUCAAAUAAUUUGUUUCUUUUUUAGCUCUCCUUUAAUUUUCUCGAGCCCUUUUCAUGUCUCAAUUGUGCGGUGCACUCACUGGAGGUUGUCUAUCUUUUAAUUAAAUAAAUGCGAAGUUUUAACUGUAUUCCGUAUUAUUAUCAAAUCAAGCCGUGCAUAUUCUGAUCCGAAUGUUCACUAGUUAAGUGAUAAUUCAAGAUCUCAAUCAUUUUAUCGUCUCUUCAGAUGUGGGAAGAAAACGAAAUGUCUCAUGGAGCAACAGUAACUUAAUUUCCUUUUGAGAUCUCCUUGACCCGUUUCUUCUUACUUGUUGUUGCAGCUGAAGGUGGGUGAUGUAGUAGAGCACGAGAGCCUCUUCAUUUUCAGCACUUGAAGAUCUACAAAUCUUGCCUAUUCGAGAACCUCUUCUACUACUCUAGCACUGCACGUACAAUCAUAACCACUUGAUUUAGAAGACCCUUUUUGGGAAAUCCAUUACUCACAAAAAGUUGCUAGAUUUGAGGGAAAAUGUCUUCAUGGGAUGCUUUGGGAGGCAUAGCAACUGUCGCCCAGCUUUCAGGGAUCGAUGGGUUGAAGCUAAUCGGGAUGAUAGUGAAAGCAGCAAGCACUGCAAAGAUGCACAAGAAGAACUGUAGGCAGUUUGCGCAGCAUCUCAAGUUAAUUGGCAAUCUUUUGGAGCAGCUCAAGCUAUCCGAGCUUAAGAAGUAUCCAGGAACAAGCGAGCCAUUAGAACUGUUUGAGGAUGCCUUGAGGAGGGCAUUUAUCCUGGUUAACAGUUGCCAAGAACGGAGCUAUCUUUAUCUAUUAGCUAUGGGGUGGAACAUUGUGUAUCAGUUCCGGAGGGCUCAGAAUGAGAUAGACAGAUACUUGAAGAUCAUCCCCCUCAUCACCCUUGUGGACAAUGCACGUGUCAGGGAGAGAUUGGAAAUUAUUGAGAAGGAUCAAAGAGUUUACACUCUGGAUGAUGAAGACAUGAAGGUGCAACAAGUCAUAAUGAAGCCAGAACCCUCUAAAGACGAUACUGUUGUAUUGAAGAAAACACUUUCAUGUUCCUACCCAAGCAUGCCCAUCAGUGAGGCAAUUCGCAAAGAAAAUGAAAAACUUCAGCUAGAGCUGCAACAUUCCCAAGCUAAUUUAGACGUACAUCAUUGUGAAUUCAUUCAGCAUCUUCUUGAUGUCACACAAGUUGUUGCUGCUACUUCUCUUCCUGAGAAAAAUUUGCCUGCCAAACCUAUCAAAGUAGAGCAUGGUUAUUCAGAUGAUGAGAGUAAUAAAGAGACUUGUGAUGAAAGCUACAGAAAAAAUAUUGAUAAACAAACAACUCCAAGAAACACUUCUUCAGUUUCAUCCAAACAGGACUUGUUAUCUUCAAAGGGUUCACAUCAAUAUGAAGAAUGGCAUUCGGAUCUUUUGGGCUGUUGUUCAGAACCCCUUCUCUGCAUAAAAACCUUACUAUUUCCAUGUGUGACAUUUUCAAAAAUUGCAACUGUAGCAACCAACAAACAUAUUUCUUCAGCAGAAGCAUGUAAUGAAUUGAUGGCAUACACCUUAAUAUUGUCCUGCUGCUGUUACACAUGUUGCAUCAGAAGGAAGCUGCGGAAACAGCUGAGCAUCUCGGGAGGGUUUAUUGAUGAUUUCCUCUCACACUUGAUGUGCUGCUGCUGCGCCCUGGUGCAAGAGCACCGGGAACUUGAGAUUCGUGGAAUCAACGGCAUACAGAAGAUGAAAACAAGGCCCCCGCCGCCUCAAUUCAUGGAAUCUUAACAUAUGAGUAGAGACAAGAGCUAGCAGCAAUGGAUACAUUAUACUACGGUAUAUCACGCCUGCCUGUAUGUGGGGUGUAAAAUGGAGGUCCGUACGAGGGAGAUCAGGCAGCAUGUAGAUAUGAUAUAGCUAGGAAUCCUAGGAUAACCACGAUGCGUACGUUAUGUCUUUUAUUAACGUACAACAAUUAAUUUACUCUUCUGUAUGAUGCCUUAUGCCAGGUCCUACCUAUGUUUUUUUCUUUGGCUGAAUUACCAUGGAGCAUAAUCUAUUAAUCUAUCUUCACGCCUGCAGGAAUUG